AUGUUUCCGGACCCGUCGCACAACUAUGAAAAAUUGAACAAGGUGGAAAAAAGUUUUGACGAAACAAAUGACACAGCGCCUGGAAGCAUAAGUAGACUGUACACCAUAGAUGGCUACACGAGCGAAAGCAUAGGAAUUCCACAGACGCAGUAUAAGGAAUAUUAUAGCUACCCAAAUGCCAUAGUUCAGGAGUAUGAGCAUAAGAGUAACACUCCGUCCAUGACUUUUGGGUGUCCAGGAAAUCCAUUCAGUUGUAAGCCCCCCCAUUCAAAGGUAUUUAUUCGAAGAGUAGAAAAUAAGAAACGGAAAGUGUGCAAUAAAAAAUGCACUUCCUUGAAUAGUUCCUUUUCUCAAGACAUUAAUCCAUAUGUUGUGUACCCAAGUAAUUCCAUAAAUGAAAAUAACGUGGGGGAGUUCAGUUAUACUAUGCCCCUUAGCGAUACAGAUAAAAGUGUUCCCUUUGGAGGAAAAUAUGUAGCUGACAAGAACAGCAGAUUGACUUAUGCCUAUUUGUCAGAUGACCUGAACUAUUCGCUGAAUGGCCAAUUCAUGAACCUUGACAACACCUACAUGAAUGUUCCGUUGUGUGUGCGCGAGUCUUUCCAGAACAACGGCUUGUGCAACGUCAUCAACGGGGUAUAUCCCCUGCACCAGGGCGGAGACCUUCACCUAAACAACGGCCUUCUCCAAAAUAUGGAUGUGACAUGCCACAUAACCCCCAAGGACGUGGUCAGAUAUAUCCAUAAUUUCAUAAAGUAUAUUUUUAAAGUGAUCAAAUUAGCCUUCGCAAAAAUAAAAAGGGAUCUCAAUACGAAGGAAAUUUACUUCGAUCCGACCAUACCACCUGUGCACGAAAUGGACAUAGAUUGCGAAGUGUGCAGAAAAAAGUAUGGUGAUAUUUUAAUGGAUAACCACCAAAGAGAUUGUAUAAGCUUCUUCGAAGGGGUGGAUGAGUCUCGUACCAUUUUUAACAAAAUAUGGGACAUCAUAAACAACUGGCUAGAUGGUAAGGACACUAAUAAAAUGGACUUUUUCAAAGAUAGGGAAAAGAUAAAAGAGAUGAUCCAACAGAACAGUAAGGAAUUUGAGGAGGUGUACUACAAACUGGGCAACUUUCCCAAAGAUGAGAAUGGGAAAAUUGAGUUGCCCCAAUUUAGCAACUUUGACAGGCACAGUGUGGUGUUGAUGUGA